AUGGAAGUGAAUGCGUCUCCUGUCACACCAACAAAGGCAAGAAAGCGAAUAAGGCAACCUGACAAAUGGAAGAAUAAUGUUGCAAAACGAUUAAGAUAUUCUGCGAAGAAUUUACCAAUAUACCCAACGUGUGGACACAGGACAAAAGCAUACAAGUGCUUCUUUCUUAAACUGAACGAUAUGCAGGCAUUUUACAGCAUCUUCUAUGAGACAAAAGACAAAGCGACUCAAAAUGCCUUUAUUUUGAAGUACUGUACCGUAAGUAGCACAGUUCGUCGCCGGCCGAAAAAUGAAAAACACUCUCCAAAAAGGACCAGAUAUUCUGCGAAGAAUUUACCAAUAUACCCAACGUGUGGACACAGGACAAAAGCAUACAAGUGCUUCUUUCUUAAACUGAACGAUAUGCAGGCAUUUUACAGCAUCUUCUAUGAGACAAAAGACAAAGCGACUCAAAAUGCCUUUAUUUUGAAGUACUGUACCGAGAAGGUGCCGGUGUGUCAAACAGCUUUUUUAAAUGUUUUGGGGAUAUCAAAACACAGACUUACCUAUGUAAUGAAACAUUUUACUGAAACAGGCCAAGUACCGAUUGAACGUAGGGGUGGGGAUCGAAAAACUGCUAAAUAUCGGGAUAAACUGGAAAGGGUGCAAAUGUUUAUAAAUCAACUAAUGUGUACUGAAUCUCAUUAUAAUUUGAGCUUUGCAACUCCAAGAACAGAUGUUUGCCAGGUAAAAUGCUUCAUUCGUAAUUUUUUAUCCAAGGAGAAGGUGCCGGUGUGUCAAACAGCUUUUUUAAAUGUUUUGGGGAUAUCAAAACACAGACUUACCUAUGUAAUGAAACAUUUUACUGAAACAGGCCAAGUACCGAUUGAACGUAGGGGUGGGGAUCGAAAAACUGCUAAAUAUCGGGAUAAACUGGAAAGGGUGCAAAUGUUUAUAAAUCAACUAAUGUGUACUGAAUCUCAUUAUAAUUUGAGCUUUGCAACUCCAAGAACAGAUGUUUGCUCAAAAUGUGUAGAGCUAAGUGAGAACAAUCUGGAAUCCAAAAAUAAACUCAUGACUGAAAAACGAAUUCACAAUCUUCGUGCAAAAGCAUUUUUCGAAUUACUUCGUGAAAACAGAGAAGACCUCAUCACUUUGUCAUUUGACUGCCAAAAAAAUUUGGUCCUGCCCAAAGUUCCUGAUCAGAGCGCCUAUUAUUCAAGACAGCUUUAUUUCUACAAUUUUACUAUUGUCCAAGGGUCUUCAAAGUCUUCACUCUCAAGGGGAAAUGUUUUUUCAUAUUGUUGGACUGAGGACGCGUUUGGUAAAGGAUCAAAUGAAAUUUCAUCUGCAGUAUUUCAUCGACUCAAUGAGACUGUACGACUGGUCGCUGAUGGAUGCAGUGGCCAAAAUAAAAACUCAACCAUGAUCGGCAUGUGCUGCAAGUGGUUAACCCAUAACGCGCCACCAAAUAAGAAGUUGAGGAAAAGAGAAGUAAUAACGACACCCGAUGAAUACGAAACAAUCGUUUCUCAAUUUUCUACAUUCGUUGAUAUGAAGAAAAGCUAUGUUUACGAUUGGAAGUCUGCUGUUCAAGAAGUUCUUAAACCAGUGGGAUCAUGGGAUUUUAAAUUUAAACAAUCUAAAAGGUUUAUUCUAAAACGAAGCAGGUCAGGAAAUAUUUUGAUACGAAGCGAGCUCCAUUACAAAAAUGAUUUAGGAGGUUUUGUUACAAUUACACGAAAAGGCAAGCAGAUUACCAUGAUAAAUGCACCUAAUGGUCAUCAAGUUAACAAUUUGAAGUUGCGUGAUGUGGGAAACCUUUUGUCAAAACACUUUGGAUCGAAAUGGCUAGAACUGGGUCAGUUACGCUAUUAUAGGGAUCUGCUUCAGGGUAAGGAACAAGAAACAAACGAGAAUCCUCGAGAUCCUGAUCAGAGUUUGCCGACGCCGAUGCUUGUGAAUUUAUACCCGAACUGCCGGAUACCUUAG